AUGGCUCUCACCACGCAGAUCCUCAAAUGCGACCCAUCGUCAGUCACCUUCCCAUCCAACACUCCUGAGAUCACAUCGGUGGCCACCCUCAAGGCGCUGCAAAGGGCGUCCGAAGAUCUGUGCGCACGUCAACCAGUCGCAUUUCCCACCGAGACUGUCUACGGGCUUGGGGCCCUCGCCUUGGAGCCUAUCGCCGCUGCCCGUAUUUUCACGACGAAGGGACGGCCAGCCGAUAACCCUCUCAUCGUGCACGUCUCCUCUCGCGAGAUGCUGCUCCGGAUCUUGCCCCCAGGGUACGCCAUUCCGCCCAUCUACGAGGCUUUGAUGAAGCAUUUCUGGCCAGGACCCCUCACCUUGCUCUUCCCUACCAACUCCUCCAUCGUCCCUCCCAUCAUUACCGCCGGUCAGCCCACUGUGGCAGUCAGGAUGCCCUCUCAUCCGAUUGCCCGGGCGCUGAUCGCACUCACCGACGCACCCAUCGCCGCUCCAAGCGCAAAUUCGUCGGGAAAGCCCAGUCCUACUCGCGCUGAACAUGUAUUCCACGACCUCUCGGGGAAGCUAGGCAUUAUCCUCGAUGGUGGUCCUUGCGGGGUCGGCUUGGAGAGCACCGUCGUGGAUGGAUUACAGCCGGAUGGCCAUCUCCGGGUGCUGCGGCCCGGAGGCGUCACUGUCGAAGACCUCGAGCGUAUCCUCCGCGAAACUCUAGGCCUCCUUGCACCCCCUCCGCAAGUGUUGGUACACCGUCGGGACUAUCGCGAUGAAGUUCUCGAACAUGCGCCCACGACCCCGGGGAUGAAGUAUCGGCAUUACUCGCCAAGCGUACCCGUGACUUUACUGCACACCCUCUCCUCCCCCCCUCUCGGUGCGCAGCGUACACCAGUGGACACCUUCCUCGCCGCCCUUGAGUCAGACGCGCGUUCCGUUGGCCGGCCUCUCCACAUCGGUGUUAUGGCGCCCUCAGACUCUCUUCUCCUCCAGAGGAUUUCAAGCGUGACCGCGCCGGAGAUCCGAUGGAACGUGUAUCCCCUCGGUCCGACAUCCAACCCGGCCAUCUCCGCCCAACGCUUGUUCGACGGACUUUUAUCAUUAGACGGUGCUAGAGUUGACCUCAUUCUCGUCGAAGAGGUAGAGGAGGAGAGAGAGGGUUUGGCCGUUAUGAAUCGCGUAAAGAAGGCUGCCGGCGAUUCCGUAUGGUUAGACGUUGGAAUGUAA